AAAAUGGGACGAGACUCAUCAUGCUCCCCAUUGGGCCCUUGCUUUGGCGAUCCAAUUCGAAGCAGCAAAACUGUUGGUUAGCCCGAGGGCCACGUUUUCUUUUGUAUUUUACGGUAAGUCCAUUAUCCCAUCCUCCCAGUUGGGGAAAAAAAUCCAUAUCCCGGACCUGACAUCCCUUGUCUUCUUCCCCUCUCCUGCAAAAGCAAGGUUAUCUGCAACCUGAUAGAUAGAUAGAUAGAUAUCACAAUCUGCUAUGGCAGAAUGUAGAAGCAAUGAAGCCCCAACAUCUACUCCUGAUGUGAAAGAUGUAAAAGCGCCAAAUUUGAUUGAGCGUGCAAAGGAAGAGAUUCAGGCUAUAAUUCACCACGAUAAGAAACCUCAUCAUCACAAGGAAACUCAUGGAACUAGUAAUGACCUUGGUGAAAGCACACCCGUGGAUGAAGUUAAGGCACCAAAUGUAUUUGAACGAGUCAAGGAAGAAAUUGAAGCAGUUGUAGAGAGUAUCCACCCUAAGAAAUGAUCCAACUCUUGUUAAAUUAACUCUUCAUGUCAAUAUUAUUUAACAAUACUGGUUUCCCUACUUCCUACACAUGUACAAUACCUAAUUGCUAUGUAUAAAUAGUACUGAAUUCUUGGUGUUUACAUGGAAGGUGUUGCUAUUUGGGACA